GUGAAAAAAUGAAGAGGAGCCGGAUCCAGAUAUAUUCUUCACCAACUUUUGAUUCACAUAAAUUAAAGUGAGAAAUGGCAGAGGAAGUGAUGAACAACAAACAGAUCAUUCUAAAACAUUAUGUGGAAGGUUAUCCUAAGGAAUCUGAUAUGGAAUUUAAGAAUAACAACAUUAAAUUGAAUGUUCCAGAAGGUUCUAAUGUUGUUGUUUUGAAGAAUCUUUACUUGUCUUGUGACCCUUACAUGCGUUCCCGCAUGAGCAAACUUGAGGGUAGCUAUGUUCAAUCCUUCACUCCUGGUUCUCCUAUCACAGGAUGUGGAGUGGCUAAAGUUUUGAAGUCUGGUGAUUCAAAUUUUCAAGAAGGUGACUUAGUUUGGGGAAUGACUGGAUGGGAGGAGUAUAGUAUUGUAACUGCUACUCAGAGUGCUCAGUUUAAAAUUCAUGACAAGAAUGUACCUCUUUCUUACUAUACAGGAAUCCUUGGAAUGCCUGGGAUGACAGCUUAUGUUGGUUUUUAUGAGAUUUGCUCUCCGAAGAAGGGAGAAACUGUGUUUGUUUCAGCUGCUUCUGGAGCAGUUGUUUCUAUUAGGUACUUUCCUAACGGAAUUGACAUAUACUUUGAGAAUGUCGGAGGGAAGAUGCUUGAUGCAGUUCUUGUGAAUAUGAAACUUCGUGGUCGUAUUGCUGUGUGUGGGAUGAUCUCACAGUACAACCUUGAGAAGACGGAAGGAGUGCACAACUUGUUCUGCCUCAUCACAAAACGAAUCCGGAUGGAAGGAUUUCUUGUUUCUGACCACUAUCAUCUCUACCCCAAGUAUUUGGAAAUGAUCAUUCCACAAAUAAAAGGCGGUAACGUUGUGUAUGUGGAAGACAUAGCUGAAGGUCUCGAAAACGCUCCCAAGGCUCUAGUUGGUCUGUUCUAUGGUCGCAAUGUUGGAAAGCAAGUUGUUAUGGUUUCACGUGAAUGAAUGGAUUCGACUCAUUUCAAUUUCCUUAGCAAGUUCUUACUUGCGGUAAGAGACGUGUUAUGGUUAAAAAAUAAUGAUUGAGAUACAUGAAUAUUUUGCGAUAUUGUAUCUGAAUCAUGAAAACCUGAGGUUUGUAAAGCAAUUAUGAUGAGACCAAUGUUAUAUGAAUGGUUGAACCCAUCGGUCAUCACCUAAA